AUGUUUUACCACACUAUUAUUUUAUUUUUAUCAUUCAACUGCAACGUGUUUGCCUUUCGUAUUCGUUUAUUAUCGAUCCAAGCAGAUGAACGGAUUAAUUUAAUGAUUGAUUUGAUUGACCGUUGUCUUCCCAAUGCAAAGGGAAAUUUGUUAAUUUCCGAUUCAUCAACAGAUUCAAUGUAUAAAAACUUCUAUAAACACAUGAUUGGAUCUGUGACUUUGUUUAACGGUUCAGUGGAUUAUAAGAAGGAAAGAAAGACUCGAGUGUCUUUUAUUAUCAUGAUGGUAUCUUCGCCGUUGAAAGUCAAAGAAGUUCUUGCUAAUGAUACGUGGCGAGAUUUCAACCAGUUCUUCAUAAUCUUAGAUGGUGGAGACAGUGACAAUGGAUGCGUCAAUGCUCAGUCAUUCUUGAUGGAAGCUUGGAAAAACGAUAUACUUAAUAUUCUUUUUAUGUGCUUGGAUCAGGAUGGUCAAGUUCCGAAGGUUUAUAGUUUUAAUCCAUUUACGGACUUUGCACCAAUAGGCUGGGAAAAAAUGUUAGUUUUACCAGCGAUUUAUGACCAUCCUUGGACUAUGUUCGGCCAAAUUUAUGAUCCAAAUCACACAUCAUGCAGCAGCUUAUUUUUCGAAAAAACUGAUAAACUUGGAGGAUAUCUCAUAAAAGUUGGUGCCAUUAAAUUAUCUCCGUUUGUGUCAUACAAAUUAACCAACGGAACCACUACUUUUGAAGGUUACGAUUAUGAAGUAAUAAAGCUGAUCUUAGAGAAGUUGAACGCAACCACGGUCUAUAAUAUUCCCACUGUGAUAGAUGAACUUGGCAACACAACCACCGGUGGUGUAUUUUGGCUAAUCACACAAAAAAAAAUUGAUUUACUAAUGACUUCCUUGAUAGCGAGAGGCACCUUACACAAAGCUGAAUUGACAUAUCCAUACUUCGAAUCAAAGAUCUCAGUGAUUUCUCAGCAACGCAAGUUCAAUAAGCUUGGUGGACAUCUAUUCGCUUUUCUCCCCUCAUCGAUAGCAGCCUUGUUCUUCAUCACAAGUACUCUGGUCUUUAUCCUUCUGCGAAUCGUGUUCAACGACCCGUACUCAAGGCACAUCUUUGAUAUUCUUCGCGUCUUCUUGAAUAUUGCGUUGCCCACAUUGCCAUUCACUUCUCGAGGACGAAUAAUCUUCGGUGUAACACUAGUAAGCUUCUCAAUUGCCAAUAUCGUAAUCCAAGCGAAUAUGAACACAGUUCUAACAUCAAAAAAUGCAGCUAGAAAUAUUGAAAGUUUUAAGGAUUUAAAAGAGCUUAACUACGAAGUUUGUGCUCCUCCUUUUAUUAAGCCUGUGUUGAUCAAUGAUGAUCUAAAGAAAGUUAAAAUAGUAUCUAAAAACAUGCACUGCUCAGAGUUGAAAAAGAAUGAAGCUUUUGUGGGCAAAGAAUACAUCCUCCGAACGAUUAUGACUAAAACCUGUCACUUGUCUAAAAAACCACUGGUGUCUGGAAUGUUCAAUGCUUACUAUACUCGACGAAAUUGGCCGAUAUUUCCCAAAAUUACUAAACAAUUGUUAAUUUUAUUCGAAGCAGGCAUGAGUAAUUAUCAUAUCGAGCAUGUUUUGAGAAAUUAUCAGCGUUCGAAAUCUCAAGAACCUGAGCAGUAUCAAGUGAUAUCAAUGGAUCACAUGAGCUUUACAUUCAGUAUUUUCGUUGCUCUUUCUUUGGUAUCAUUAAUUAUUUUCUUUGUCGAAUUGAACUUUGAGCGGUUACGGAAGACUGUUUUUAGUCUUUUUUGA